AUGUAUAACCCAUGGGUGGCAUGGUUAGGAGAGCUGCUGCUCUUUAUCCUAUUAACUCAGGCUGCCCUCAAGCCAGCAAUGCCUCCAGUGAUCAAGAACCAGCCUUUCAACAUUUUCUGGGCAGCCCCAACAAUGUAUUGUAAGCAUUUCUUCAAUGUGAAUUUGAAUCUUCAAGUGUUUAACAUUAUAUCAAAUCCUUUAGAGACUCAGCAUGGAUCAACAAUUGCCAUAUUUUAUCCAAACGAAUUAGGGUAUUACCCUUAUUUCUCUCAAGACAAAGAAUCCUUUAAUGGAGGGAUACCGCAGAACAUGAGCCUUUCUAAACACCUUAGGAAAGCUGCCAAGGACAUUGCAGAAGCUGUCCCUUGGUGGAGAUCAGUGGGACUUGUUGUUAUUGACUGGGAAAGUUGGAAACCCCAAUGGGAUAGAAAUUGGGGCAGCAAAAUAAUAUAUAAAAAACACUCCUUCGCCUUCACUAGAAACCACCAUCCUGACUGGUCAGAAACGAAAGUGCGAACAGUUGCCCAACAGCAAUUUGAAAACGCUGGAAGGAGUUUUAUGAACGUUACCCUCACACUGGCUUUAGAAAUGAGACCAAAAUGUUUAUGGGGAUUUUAUCUCUAUCCAGACUGCUAUAACUAUGAUUACAGGAUAAAUCCAGAGAUGUACACAGGUAAUUGCCCAAAUGAUGAAAUUAUCCGCAACGACCAACUCCUGUGGUUGUGGGAAAAAAGCACAGCACUUUAUCCUUCAAUAUAUUUGGAUAAAAUAUUGAACUCAAGUUUAAAUGCUUUGAAAUUUGUUCAUUAUCGAGUUAGAGAAGCCAUGAGAAUUGCUGAAAUGGCUAGACAUGACUAUGUGUUGCCAGUUUUUGUUUUUUCCAGACCAUUUUAUUUGCAUAGUAUUGAAGCUCUGUCACAGGAGGACUUAGUACAUACAAUUGGUGAAAGCGCCGCAUUGGGGGCAGCAGGAAUAAUACUGUGGGGAGAAUAUAAUUAUUCUGCUUCAAAGGAGAACUGCUUAUCUGUGCAACAGUCUAUCCAGGGGUCUUUGGGCCGUUAUGCUGUUAAUGUGACAUCUGCAGCUGAGCUCUGCAGUGAAAGUCUAUGUAACAAUCAUGGAAGAUGUGUUCGAAAAACACCUGAAUCCUCCUCCUAUCUGCAUCUGCCUGAAAGCAGUGGCAAGAAAUACAUCCAAAACAAGAGUUUCAGAUUCAUCAUUUCUGAAAACAUUAAACUGAAUAUAAUAACAGACAUGAAGAAUGCAUUUGUGUGUCACUGCUAUUACGGCUGGCAUGGACAGUCUUGCCACUAUCAGACUUCAGAACUUCCAAGAGAGAAGAAUAAGGCUCCUACUGCUAAAUACAAUUUAUCAGUUUUUCUCAGCAUGGUCUUAUCUGUGAUUCAGCUGAAAUCUUGUUGCCCCCUAAUAAAAUGUUAA